AUGCAGCCCAACUCGUCGUCGUCGGCCCAGUCCGACUACUUCUCCCAGCCCGGCUACCGCGGAAACCUCACCACAUCACAGACCAUCGCCCUCCUCAAACUAUGGCGCCGCUUCCUCCGCCUCUGCGAGACCGCAGCACCCAACACCGCACAGCCAAACCCGCCCAACGCCACAAAGCACAGACCACUCCCGCACUCGUCAUCAUCACCCUCGCUCUCCGCACCCUACUCGGCCUCGGCCUCAUCCUCGGCAUCUGCAUCCGGUGACCGUCUCGACGCAAAACACGCACCCUACCAUGCACAGCCCGACGAUGCCGCUGCCGCUGCCGCCGCAAUCCAAGACGGUUACCGCCACCACUCCCGCGCAACGCCACCACCACCAGCUCAACAACAACAACAACAACGAGAUGGAAACGGCCACACCGACAGCAACAACCUUCCCCCGCAGGACGACAAGCUCAAGGACCACCUCCGCUCCAUCGAAGAGUCAAAGGACCUCCACGCCUUUGUCGCCACCCACGGCGGCGCCGCCCUCAAGCGCGAGUUCUGGGCCAUGGUCAAGGGCGAGCACCCAGACGCCGUCAUGCUCCGCUUCCUCCGCGCCCGCAAGUGGAACGUCGACCGCGCCCUCGCCGUCAUCGGCAGCGCCUGCGCCUUCCGCGUCCAGCACAACGUCACCCAGCUCAUGAAAAACGGCGAGCUGGGCCUCGUCCGCACCCGCGGCGGCAUGAACAUCUUCCGCAACGGCAUCAGCUACAUCCUCGGCGCCACCCCCAACGGCGAGCCCAUCUACACCAUCGAGGUCGGCUCCCACUACAGCUCCAACCAGACGGCCGAGGAGCUCAAGAAUGCCGUCAUCUUUAUGCAGGAGUGCCUCUCGCUCAUGAUGCCGCCGCCCGUCGAGAAAAAGGUCGUCAUCUUCAACCUCAACAACUUUGGCAUCCGCAACAUGGACUGGUCCAUUGUCCUCUUUAUGGCAAAGACGAUGGAGUCCUUCUACCCAGAGACGCUCGCACGCGUCUACGUCCACGGCGCGCCCUGGAUCUUUAAGCCCAUCUGGUCCAUCCUCCGCCCGCUCCUCGACCCCGUCGUGCGCGACAAGAUCCGCCUCACCUGGAAGGUCGAGGAGCUCUCGGAGCACGUCCCCGUCGACCACCUGCCCAAAAAGACGCUCCACGGCAACCUCGACUUUGAAUUCCUCUUCCCCGAGCCCGAGCCCGGCGAAAACGACGUCCAGAAGGACACGGCCGCCCACGACGCGCUGCGCCUUGCCUACCUCGACGUCGUCACCGAGUUUGAGAACGCGACGCGCGCCCUCGCGCGCUGCUACCGCAACUCGACGGCGGCGGCGGCAGCGGCGUCGUCGUUGUCGCUCUCGUCGUGGUCCGAGGCGCCGGGCGGCCAGAGUCAGAGGAACAUUGGAUCGCGUCGGGCCCGGAAGCUGGGUCGUCGUGGACAGGGCAGCAGCGGUGGCGGUGGCGGUGGGCGCGACGAGUUUGAUAAUGGCCACGGCAACGGCAACGGCCACGACGAUGUCGACAACGACGAUGACGACGGCGAUGAUGAUGGCGAGCCAGAGGGCAGCGCGAGCCUGCGGGCGAUGCGCGACGUGCUGGCGACCAAGCUGCGCGUCGCCUGGCUGCGGCUCAAGCCCUACGUCAUCGGCAAGACAAAGUACGACCGGUGGGGCGUGGCCCAGGACGACGGCACCAUACGCUGGACCUACAAGACGCUGGCGGGGCGCGUCGACACCCAGAUCCUGGGCGAGGGCACCUCGUUGCCCGCCCUCGAACGCGCCCUGGCCGAAAUCGAAGGCGCCCACUCGAUGCCCGGCCCUCUGCCUCAACCGGCCGCAACAUCGGCGUCGGCGGCGCCGGCGGCGGCGGGGCAUGCUGCUCCGUCGACGGCAAACGGUGGCACAUCUCGACAUCGAAACGGUGCGGGCCCCUCGUCUGUCGUUGCAGAUCAGAAGACCUCGACGGGUCCAGCCAUAGCAGCAGCAGCAACAACGACGACGACGACGACGACAACGACGACAGCGGCACCACAUACGCGCUCCAACCUGUCGACGGCGCCCGUCGUCGUGGCACCUCGAUCCUCGUCAUCUCUUUCCUCGUCGGCCGCAACAACCCCGUCCCAACCCCGCGACCCCGCCCUCGUCGCCACCCUUGCUCCCGACGCAGCAUCGACGGAUGAAUCGCGACGAGGGGCCAAGGAGGCCGAGGGCCAGAGCACGAGGGGCAAAGCGAGCAUCGAAACGGAACCGGGCCGCUUCCAGGAUAUCAUCCCGAUCCACCCUUCGGACCCGGCGUUUGAAAAGGCCCGCAAUGCGGAUCACGAAGUCGCCCCAUCGUAG